AACGAUGUCGGACCGGCCAUCUCACGGAUCAUUCGGCCAACAGCGUGUUGUGUGACAUGUCACACGAUCAUUAAAUUUCUCUUCAUGGCAGAAUCCUGGAUUUCACCACCGACGCGGCAACCUCUCAUCGAGGACCUCGUAUCAGGCGUCGAUCGAUACAACCCGUCCAAUGUUGGCAUUCUGGAGGAUUACCUCUACCACCAGAUUCGGAGUCAGGAAUACGACUGUCUUGCCAACCUGGCUAUCUUGAAACUGUACCAGUUCAACCCAGAACUGUACAAUCCCGACGUAGUCAUCAACAUCCUCAUCAAAGCACUCACUACUUCACCAUUGCCCGAUUUCAACCUUUCCAUCUCUCUCCUCGACGAGCGGUCGAUCAAUUCGUCACUUGAGGAGCCCGACCCAGUUCCCGCUCUAUUGCCAACCUUGAAACGGCUCAACGACUUACUCUACAAAUGCCGUUUCCCCGCAUUCUGGGAGUUGUAUCAAUCGGCUGAGUUGGAGCACUUGCGAGAUAAUUAUACCGUUGAAUGCGUAGGCUUCGAGGACUCCGUACGAGAAGUUGCCAUUCGGGCGGUCAAGGCCACAUUCACGCGUAUUUCAGCCGAGCGAUUAGCGUCUUACCUGGACUUGAACGGGACUGAUUUAGCGGCGUUCGUGCAGAAGAAGGGGUGGAAAAUGGAGGCUGGAGUGAUUGAAAUACCUCCAAACCCGGACAACCAGAUUGAAGCCACGGUCGUCCAAGAAAAUAUCAAGCUAUCGCAGAUCACUAAAUUAAUUGCUCAUGGAGCAAGCAACUAG